AUGGCUUCAGAGCUACACGAAGACCUGGUUGUCUACUUCAGACCCCUCGGAACCCCGUCGCUGCACACCAUGGGCCUCAACAAUGCUGCCUCAGGAUGCUUCGACGAAGCUGUGCACCCGGGCUAUCAUCAGUGGUCGAGCCCGGAGUCUCCGCCCACACCUGCUGUGUUGGACCGCUACUCCGACCUGUGCACGGAGGGCGUAGGACUCAUGAGAGGCCCACCGGUGCGCCUUCACAUCAAGCCUGGAGUGACGCCGAAGUUCUUCAAGGCAAGAAAGGUACCCUACGCUCUGUUGGAUAAAGUUUCAGAGGCAUUAGAUCGACUCGUGGCAGCUGGCAUUAUAUCACCAGUGACGCACUCGGAAUGGGCUACGCCCAUUGUUCCAGUCUUAAAGAAAGACGGCACAGUUCGCAUAUGCGCACCGUUGUACAAACUGCUGAAAAAGGGUGCUAAGUGGACGUGGAGCACAAAAGAAAAGAAAGCCUUUGUCCAGGUGAAAAAUGCGUUGUGCGCGGCACCCAUACUCACUCAUUUUGACCCGAACCAUGAGCUCUUCUUGGAGUGUGAUGCGUCCCCAAACGGAGUUGGUGCUGCACUUUUUCAUCACACCGAAGGCGAGAAGCGACCCGUAGGCUUUCGAUCGAGAACGCUGACAACUGCCGAAAGAAAGUACUCUCAGAUCAAGCGCGAGGCGUUAGCCUUGAUAUUUGGUGUUACUAGGUUUAGGGACUACCUGCUGGGGCGAGAGUUCACUCUGGUUACGGAUCACCAGCCGUUGCUGGGCCUGUUAAGGCACGACCGUCAGACCCCCGUCAUGGCGGCAGCCAGAAUACAAAGAUGGGCGCUACUACUUGGUGCAUACAAGUAUAAACUGCAGUACAAGCCGGGAAAAUUUAUGCUCAACGCGGAUGCAUUAAGCCGGUUACCCCAAUCUCUUGAACAGGAGCUGCAGGACGACGAGGAUGCGGCCAAGUACGUCCUUGUCGUGGACCAGUGGGACGAGCCGGCGGUGCCCAUGAAAGAGCUUCAAGCCCUCACGCAGUCAGACGGCGUACUGUCAAGUGUGUGCAGGUACGUCAUUCAAGGUUGGCCACAGCGCACUGCGGAAGAAGGCACAGAGAUGCGGGAGUAUCACAAAAGGCGGAACGAGCUGUCCGUGCAGCAUAACUUGCUUCACUGGGGUCAUCGUGUUGUGGUUCCGGCGGAAGCCAGGAAGAAGCUACUGAAGUUAUUACAUGGAGCUCAUCAAGGAGUUUCUGCAAUGAAGGCACGCUCAAAAUUUUGGUGGCCUGGCUUCGAACACAAUAUUGAGCGCUUAGCCGCUGUGUGUCAGCACUGCGUACAGGUGUUGCCCAUGCCACCCGCGCAAGCACCCAUUCGCCUGCCAGAGACGCAGGAAAGAUGGUCGCGACUGCAUGUCGACUUCGCGGGUCCGAUCCAAAACAAGAUGCUUCUUGUCGUCGUGGACUCUCACAGUAAAUGGAUUGAGGCCAUUCCCCUGGCUCACGUGACCUCGCGCAACACAGUCGAUGCCCUGCGAACGCUGUUCAGUAGAUUCGGUCUGCCACACACAGUAGCGUCUGAUAAUGGCACGCCAUUCACCGGAUGGGAGUUCAACGAGUUCUUGCAACAGAACGGGGUAGUUCACGUGUGGGCACCCCCCUACUAUCCACAGAGUAAUGAACUCGCCGAACGUGCGGUGCGAACCAUCAAAGACGGACUAAAGAAGUGUGGGGACGCAGACUUGUCAAAGACGCUGGCUAGAACACUGUGCCGCUAUAGAAACACGCCGAUUCCGUCCGGGCGCUCACCAUCAGAAAUGUUGUUGGGUUACCAGCUCCGCACCCGAUUAGACAUGUGUUUUCCUCCCAGGAGCCGAGCAACAGGGGAUGUCCACUCUGCUGACAGCGCCGGGUGGAACUUCGCUCCGGGAGAUCCUGUGUACCUUCGCAAUUACGGCCGUGGUGACAAGUGGACACCUGGGAAGGUCUGGUCAACCUCUGGUGCACGCAUCGUGUCUGUCGACACAGAGAACGGGCUUGUUCACCAGCACAUGCACCAGCUCAGGCGGAGAAGCAUCGAAGAACCGUCGAGUCCAGAGGCUCUCACUAGCCCCCAGAUAAGCCCGGACCCUCCAGUACAAGACUGCGAAGCUCCAACGGCUACUGGCCCAGGUCUUCCGGGCCACCCGCCCCCAGAGCUAAGACGCUCCACACGUAUCAAGAAGCCAGUGGAGCGUUAUGGAUUCUAA